CCACCUUUGAGCCACCGGGGGGCGCUGGCGUCCCACCUCAACGUGCCAGUCUUCCCCUCCGUCUUGCAGAAUCUCCGGGUUGUGCAAACGUGCAAUGGAUGCUGCCGUGGCUGCGCCUGCAGUUCUUCCACGAUGGGGCUGACUCUUAAUGAUGCCCAAAGCUACUGUGAAGCUUAUAGUAACUGGAGAUGACUUUGGCUACUGCCCAAGAAGAAACCAAGGCAUUGUGGAGUGUUUCCUGGCAGGCGCUGUUUCCAAUGUGUCCCUUCUGGUCAAUGGCAGUGCUGUCUCUGACGCAGUACAACUGGCAAGGAGGUACCACAUUCCAAUAGGACUCCAUGCCAACCUUUCUGAAGGCUCACCUGUUUGCCCAGCACUGAAAGAGGAAUCCUCGCUACUCAACAAAGAAGGGUUCUUCCAUGGAAAGAUGGGGAUCAGGACGGUGUUAGCGGAAGGUCUCCUUAAGAUGUCUGAGGUGAAGCAGGAACUGAUAGCGCAAGUGGAAUUGUUCUGUGAACUCACAGGCCAUGUGCCUCAUCACAUGGAUGGACACCAGCAUGUCCAUGUUCUUCCAGAGAUCAGACAUGUUUUUGCACAGGUACUAGAGGAAUAUGGAAUCAGACAUACGCGUGUCCCUAUAGAACCAGACCUUCCUCAUUGCAGCUGGAUAGAUCCACACUUAAUGGACUUUUAUCUGGGUGUGGAAAAGGAUUCACUUGACACAGUGGAUGUUUUCACAAAGCACGGAAUAAGGUGGCCAGAUAUAUAUAUAGGCUUGAGCACCAUGGGGAAAAACAUGUCUGCUAGCAACAUCCUCAGAGCCAUUGAUAAUGCUACUGCGGAUUUCCUGGCAAAAACAGAUUCCUCCAUUCCUUCGAGCUCACCCUCAUGCCCAGAUCAAGAAGUCAGAACUGUAACCAUUGAACUGAUGACACAUCCAGGAUACCCCAGUGUUCCACCAGCUGGGGGCUGUGGCGAGGGACCAGAUGAUUUCUCUCAGUCAUGGGAACGCUUACAUGAACUUGAGACACUGAAGAACCCAGAGCUGCAGAGCCAUUACAAAACAAGGGACAUUCAGCUGUGUGCGUUUGAAAACCUUUAAAUAUGAAUGGCUGCAGAAUGUUUUUACUAGAGAGACAGGGCUGGAUUCAGUGUGAUACUAAUUAAAUGACAAGCGGAAGACCCCACACAAAUGGAAGGCAGUGGUAACACCUGUAGAAGAAUUUGCUAUGAUGGAGUGUGCUUCCAUUCUGGUUGUUGUAUCUCAGAGCUCCUCCUUACAAAAAAGGGGACUACAGGCUGUAAUUCUGCAAGAAGAAAUGUGAAAACAUCAGCAGGAUGGUCUGCAUUAAAAGAAAACUAUCCAUAAAAUGAAAUAUUUUAGAAGCAGGAAAGGAGGCGGAGAAACUGGGUGUGGUUUUCAUGGAUCUGUCAUGUUGGACUUUCCUCUUGUGGGCACAGAAAAUCCUGUUUUAUGAGUUGGAGAAUAUCAAAACAUUUGGUUUCUACAACCUUCAGAUUGAAUGGGAAUUCUGACGUAAGGACAGAAGAGGCAGAGCUGUACACACAUAGAAAAAGCAGAAUUCUGUACCAAGAUGACCCAGAUUCCAUGCCAAUAAAAGCUGAAUUCUACCCCC